AUGAGUCUACUGUCAUGGAACUGUCGAGGCCUUGGAAGAGCCUCAACAGUGCGAGGUCUGAAACACCUCGUUAAAAAAUCUUCACCUCUAGGCCUUUUUCUUAUUGAAACAAAGUCGAGUAUUGGAAAAAUGGUGAAAUUAGCAAAAGGUUUACCUUUCGAUAAUCACAUUGUCGUUGAAGCAGCUAACAGAGCAGGUGGCAUGGCUCUUUUUUGGAAUUCUGCUCUAGGUUGGACGGUCAUGUAUAAAUCCAAAUGGAUUAUAGGAGUUCGCACCUACCUUCCUAAUGGAACUGAAUGCAGCAGCUGGUUUUGUUAUUGCCCGGCGGAGAAGGCUCUCAGACAUUCCUUCUGGACUGAAUUAUCGAAGGCCAUAUCUUCAGGGAGUGAAGUGUGGAUGUGUAUGGGGGAUUUCAACGAUAUUAUUGAUCAAGAAGAGAAGAUUGGAGGUAGAAAAGUCACAAGCAAAUCAAACUAUUUUUUGAGGAACUUUAUCGCUAACAUGGGAGCCUUAGACCUCGGUUUUUGUGGCACAAUGUAUACAUGGUGUAAUCGACGGGGGGGCACUGCAAAUAUCAGAGAACUCCUUGACCGAGUCUUAGCAAGCCCAGAUUGGAGAAUCCUCUUCCCUCAAGCAGGGGUCAUACACCUACCCCCAGCAGGCUCAGAUCAUCUCCCUCUCAAGCUUACUAUGACACAAGAUCACCCAACCACACCCAGGCCCUUUCGCUUCCUGGAAGUAUGGACCCGAGACCCCUCUUGCGAAUCAAUCAUCAAAGAAGCUUGGAGUAGUAGCUCUCAUAACCGGUCCAGAACAUCUCUCAGGUUUAAACUCUCAAACACUGCUAGAGCCUUAAAGAGGUGGAACAAAGACAACUUUGGUUUCUGUCACACAAAGAUCAACGACCUAGAAGCCUUUCUUUCCUAG